CGACCAGGUCAUUUCAAACUCGACCAGACUACUUCUCAGGCCAGCUUCGCAUCUUCUUUGCUUGCACAGAGUCUUCACUUCCCCAGACUCCGCAGACCUACAAAGUACAUGGUCCUUUGCCCAAGUCCUGGUUGCCGCUUCCCAACCACACCCCACCCCCGCCCAGGACCUACACGCCCUGAGCCUGCCUAAUUCGGCGAUUCCGCAUUCGGCGUUCGUGCCUUGACUCACCGGGAGGAAAACGCCAUAGCACAUCAAAUAUUUGGCAGCCUGCUUUCCAGACCUGCCCAAAAUGUCUUCUCCUCUCCCCAUCACAUCAGCAAGAAACACACAACAUCCGAGGCCAUUGGGCUCGUCGCCGGCGUCCUUUGCUCCAGCUGCAUCCCCAUUGAGGCCCAGAGCGAACAAGAAGAUGUCGAUCGCCCAGACCUACUUCCUCGCACACAAGGCCCGGGCGAAGCUGUCGUCCGAGGCUGCCCGGCCCGACCACAACCUGCGCCUGCUCGUCGGGCACGCCAACCUUCUCGACUCGCUGAUGCUGGAGCUCGCCGACGCCGAGAGGGAACAAGAAUCGUGGUUCAACCAAUCCGUCCGGGGUGCCUCCCGCAGCACCAGCGAGGAGAGGCACAUCCAGUGGGCCGACACCAUCGCCGAGGAGCCGGAGCACGACUGGCAGGCCGAGGACGCCGAGUCGGACUCGGAUUCGAGCUCGUCCGACUCAGACUCUGACAGCGACUUCGACGACGACGAGGAGGACGUCGAGAUGGCAGACGCCGUCUCGCUGAGGAGGAUACCUUCACACACGAUGCUGCCGCACAAGGCGGCAUACGGGUACCGCGACGAGGAGGAAGACUACGACAUGGAUGAUAGCGAGGAGGACUACGCGCAGCUGGCGCUGCAUCGGAGCCCAUCACACUCGGCCUCGUCGUCACCACCGGAGCUCGACGACGACUCAGACUCCACAGAAGACGAGUCGAUGCCACCAUCACCGCCCACAACGCUCCUCCCGACAUUCGAGGAGCCGCAGAAGGGGGGGAGCCACACCGCGACAACAACAACAACAACAGACCUCGGCGACAAGACCGCUUUCUACGAGGAGGGCUACUACCUCCCGCCACGAAAUCCGGCGAGACUGGUCUCGGCGAUAUCCGUCUACUAAGCGGGCCUUUGCUUUGCGGUCAUGAUUGUCAUUGUCUUGCUUAUCCUUCUGCAUUGGGCCGGCGUUUUCUUUUUUACGAAUGAUACCAAGCGACGCACACGGGUGGUGCCGAGGGACGAAAAGUUUGCUUUGGGAAUUGGGGUUCAGGGACGACAACGUCAUUGUGUCUGAGUUUUUUUCCACACACCACUCAAUGUCUAAUUGGGUGACGGAUGACACGGUUGGAGCUUGGGAUUGGAAUCGAAGGGGACCUCGGGCCCUUGGAGGAAUUGUACACAUGCACACACUGGUUUCCUUGUCGUGGAGGAGAGAUUCACUACUGCAUCAUAUUCUUGUCAUCACACAAACGCCUUUCCCGCUCCCUACCGCCACAGCUGCGGUCCAGGUUAGAGUGGGAAAAGCUUGGAAAAGCUUCGAAUGGCCCCCGCGCGGAGCCUUCACUUCUGGAUAGGUAGCUCUCAUCAAAAAAUGAAGCCGACUUAACCAG